UGGAUACAUCUCCAAACCACAACGUUAAGUGUAAACACAGCGAGGGUCCUUGUCCAUCAUAUUCAGACCAUUGUCAGUUUGUACAUAAACACGAUGGCGACUAGGUAUUCAGAAAGCUGACCGAGUUAAACGUUAUCAAUGCUAGGUGCGAUGGAUUUUUAAGGCUUUAAUUUAAAAAGCUGUUACUUAGGAAUAAAAAUUGAUAAAAAACUUUCAGUUUUGAAAUGGAAGAACGUAUAGUAUUUUAGGACAUCUACCGUUCAGUCAAAUUAGAACACUGACCGAGUCAAACGGAUAAAAUGGUAGAUCUGAAGGAUUUUUAAAGCACUUAGAAAUUUUGGAAUGAAAGAACUUUAAGUUUUUGAGGGCAUAUAUAGACAUUAUAGUGUUCGUUUAAUAGUUAGUGAAUUGGUAUAUACCAAUUACAGGGUGUAUGGAUGUACUUAUAUAUUGCGAAAUUCGACUAGUAUUUUGGAGUUUGAAACAUAAUUAAGAGAAUAAAUCCACUUUAAACGACAACGAUGUCUUUUCUACAUAGAAGGAUGAUUUAUUCAGCUGUUCUUGUUCUAUUACUUUGUGAUUAUAGUCAACAAUCUAGUGUAGUUUCAACAAACCAACCAUGUGUUGUAAAAGGACAAUUUACCACCCAUUUACAAUGGUAUGGCUACUUACUUCAGAAAACUUUACAUAAGGAAGCUAAAAUAGAAUACCAGAUCACGUAUCCCGAACGAGAGUGCUGCGUGAAUAUGAUGAUUUACUAUGACGACCAAAUAAAAGAAUUAAAAGAAACAAUGAAUUGCCAGCAGAGAAAUGCUAUUCUCCCGGUAAAAAACAAUCAGGUUAUAUCAUUAUCCACGCAGAAUCAAACAAAAGGAUGCGAAAGAUAUCGUCCAUCGGCAUCAGCCGAACCGCUCAUCGUGUGUACUGGAGAGCGGACGCUUCGUUCGAGCGGGCCACGGACAUGGUACAUCGCAAUUAGCCGAUGCAACAGUGAUUCCUCGAAACCGUUAGAUAUGAGCUUUUAUUUUAAUGUUUCGAACUAUUUUGGUGUAUGCGAGGUUGACCCAUUGUCAAAUACGUUUAUUCCAGUUCGCGUCGAAUCGGGAACUGAUGUGAAUGUUAUUGUUGCCCUUGGAGUUAUUUGUGGAAUUUCUACUAUCGUUGCCAUCGUGUUUGGAGUUCUGUUCUUUUUUGGUCGUCGGAGGAGGAAAGGUAAAAAGAAGGCCGGUUCGGUAACCUCUAGCCAGGCCACCAUGACGCAGGAUAUAUUUUAUGUAAAUCCGUCUUUGUCAGAACGAGACCAGUCAGAUUCACAAUACAGUCAUAGCCAAUCCAGUGGUUCGGAAAAUUAUUACGAAGUAAUUCCUGACAGAAGAAGCUAUGAAAGCAUUAAUACGCAGCUUGCACUUCACGGUCAAAGCUUGCGGGGAAUACAUAUUUCGCAUGGUCGGGACAACAGACCUAACAUACCACCAUAUAUAUUAGAGGAUUAUCCACCUCCACCAUAUCAACCACAACCCCUUCAAAAUGGAGUUCACCAUCGUCAGUCUAGUGCGGGUGCUGUGUUACAACCAGGACAAAACCCUGCUAACGCAGCCGCAGGAAGUACUCCACUUCUAAAUGGUCACAUGAUUGCAAAUGGACGUCCUGUGCAUAUGAGUCCAGGAUUACACUACAAUAGUUCAAAUGUAGUGGGACAUAACAGAUCUGAACAAACGCUUCAAAAGCAAGUUCCUAUCGGGAACCAGUCACUGCGCCUUUAUUCUCAACAAAGAGUUGAUCAAAAUCAGGGACAAAUUAGACCGCAGUCAAGUCAGGGUAAUCAGACACUUCCUGCCGGAAAUGUGAAUCAAAAUGUGCGCGCUCAGCAUCAAAUGAGUGACAAUAGUCAGCAGACUAAUCCGUCAUUUAGUCAAGCUAAUGGUAGUGCAAGUAAUCCAAGCUUUGUUCGUCAACAAAUUCCAAAUGGCGGACCAAAAAUCUCAAAUGGAGUUUCGAAUGGACAAAAUAUUCAACUCCAAACAUAUGGUCCAAAUCAAAACCAACAGACUCAGUCCAUUCCUACGUCGAAUGGUCGACAAAACAUUCCCAAUGGAAAUGUCGCCAAGUUAUUACACGAUGCCUAUCGAAUACAGCAGUUUGAAACAACAGCUUGAUUUUUAUGAAACCAAUGCAUCUAGUGCUUACAACAGUAUUUAUAUCGAAAUUGUUCCCUACAAUAUAUGUUAAAUUUAGAAAAAUUUGUGAAGGUGUAAUUUUAAAGUUAAUGAAAAUUUAUUUCUACCCUCGCAUUUCAAAAUUAAUUUUAGGAAACUACAAUUAUAUUAUAAUUUGUUAACAUAUUUAUGUCAUAUAUGAGAAUGACCGUAUGAUAAGUUUUUAAGUUAGAAAAGACAUGAUAGAAGGGUUUGAUUGUCUGAGAACUGAACAGUAUAUGAUGUGAGGAUUUCAAAAAAAGAUUCUUUAAAAACACAGAAAAGAUACACUAAAAGGACUAGUCUUUUGACCUACUCUAAAUGCAUUAUCUGCGUAUUUUGUAUAGACUAUGACUAUAUAUAUAUAUAUACUACAUAAAAGUUUACAGGGAUGCAAAUUGAUUUUUCUAUUAACAGAAUACAUGUAGGUCGAAACGUUUUUAAGCAUUAAAUGAAUUAUUAGUCAUUUCACAGUUGUACUGCAUUCGUCGUAAUUGAACAUAACACAAAUGAUAAUACAUUUCUGUUCAUAUCUGUAUGUAUGUCUUCAUUUACAUUUUGUUUCGUGAGUAGACCAUGUGGUGUAGUACUUGUUGUGCUCCAUGCAGCCCUUUUCAUCACGUGAAACUCAGUUAUUUGAAUGGUUUGAAUGAGAAUGAUAAUUUGUAAGAAUGAUAAUUUGUGAAAAUGAUAAUUUGUGAAAAUGAUAAUUUGUGAAUGAUAAUUUGUUUUCCUGUUUUUUAUAGAGUAAAAUAAAAAUGACCAUCAGUUUAAAAAUUUAAAAAUUGUUAUAUUAAGAAAAUGAGCAAUUGUAUGUCGAGUAGAUUGAGAUUGGCUGUCAUUUUUCAUAUUUUGUUAUGUGAGUAGGUUAAGAAAGAUAGUCUGUUUUCAUAUUUUGUUACAUGUAUGUGAGUAUGAGUAUGUUAUUAUAUAUUCAUUAAAUUUGUCAUACAUCUUAA